AUGACAGCUUAUGAGUUAUUUCAAGGCUUAUGCAAUAUUUGGAAUUAUAGACCAUUAUUGACAGAGAGUGAAUAUAUUGAGAAAAGAACAGAUGGGUCUACAAGUUUAGGAAAAAAGCCAGAUCUGCAAAUCAUAUUGAAGCAAGGUACAGUGGAAGAUGAACUAAUUCUUGCUGAAGUUUCGAGACUAUUUCCCCAACAUGAUAAAGAAGAUCUAGACUAG